CCAACAUUUUAAGGGUUUUAGGUCGUCAUUAGGGUUUUAGCCCACUCCCUUUUCUUCUUCAUUCAUUUUCUGGGGUUUUAGGGGUUUUUGUAAUUUAGGGUUCCUCCACUGGAGGAAAAGUGUAAAUUAGGAAGUAGAUCGCCAUGUGGGCCCUUCGAAGAGCUGCAAACCCUAUCAGGAGCCAAAGUCGUCGCAUUGUGGUCGCUCCAUCUCGUUGCACUGAAAGAGAUAUAUUUGGUGAAAAUUCUGAACAUGGAUGUCCUAUUGAGCGAGAGAAACAUGUAGCUGAAGAGCAUUUUCUGCCGAAGCCAUACUCCCAUAAACCGACUUAUCCUCUGCGGUCCUUCCUGUGGACCCGUAAUCUCUCUUCUCAAGCUGGAACCAAGUCUGGCGACGUCGAGGAUGAACUUAAAGAUGGGUUUUCUGAUUUAGACGGUCCUCAUGAAAUCGACAAAAGCGAAGAUGUUGUCAUCGAUAAGGAAGAUGUUGAUAUGGACAUUCCUGAGGAAGAGUUGGAUGAAAGUGCCGAGGGUGCACUUGGGUUGUUGGAUGAGACGAAGUCAAGUGGCAAGAAGAAAGCACUUUCGAAGAUUUUGAUAGAGACUCCUCGGAUGUCUAUUAAUAGUGCCCUUGAGAAGUGGGCAAGUGAAGGAAAACCUUUUGGGAGAACUGAAAUCUCUGCGACACUGCUUAAUCUUCGAAGGCGACGGCUCUGGGGGAAGGCCUUGCAGUCGAACACUGGUAUCAGAGCCGAAGGUUCUCCACCAUCUUCAAAUCCCGCUGCCAUUUUCCCCAACAAAGAAGAACCACUCUCUCUCUCUCUCCAACUACUUGAGCAAGUACGUGACUUUCUUGAGUUUAUUGAGUGGGUGGAAGCAAAUAACAAAUUAAAUUACACAGAUCGUGAUUAUGCUUCUCAUCUUGAUUUGACUGCCAAAAUACAUGGUCUCCAUAAGGCUGAAGAGUUCAUUGACAGAAUUCCUGAAUCCUUUAAAGGCGAGAUUGUUUACAGAACUCUUCUAGCUAACUCUGUUUCCACCGGCAAUAUCAAGAAAUCAGAGGAAAUUUUCAACAGAAUUAGGGACCUCGACUUUCCACUUACAAUCUUUGCUUGCAACCAAGUACUACUUCUUUACAAAAGAAAUGACCGCAAAAAAAUAGCUGACAUCCUCAAACUGAUGGAGAAAGAAAAUAUCAAGCCAAACAUAUUCACGUACAGGCUUUUGAUAGACACCAAAGGUCGAGCAAAUGAUAUCUCAGGCAUGGAGGAGCUUGUGGAGACGAUGAAGGCUGAAGGCAUAGUGCCAACCAUAGGAGUUCGUGCUAUGGUUGCAAAGUACUACAUCCAUGCAAACCUCAACGAGAAAGCUGAAGCAGUGUUGAAGGAGAUUGAAGGGGAUAUCAAGGAAAACCUUAGAGCGUGCAGACAGCUUCUCCCUCUCUAUGCUUCUCUCGGCAAAACAGAUGACGUUGAGAGAAUUUGGAAGGUUUGCGAGGCUGAUCCUCAUUUAGAGGAGUGUUUAUCUGCAAUUGAAGCAUGGGGAGAGCUAGGGAAGGUAGAGAAAGCUGAGGAAGUCUUUGAACUUAUGUCCAAGAAUUGGAGUAGUCUUUCCUCUAGAUACUACAAUUGUAUGAUUAAAGUUUAUGCAAAACACAAACUUCUCUCAAAGGGUAAGGAUUUGGUGAAGAGAAUGGCAGAAAAAGGGCGAAAGAUUGGUCCAUUGACUUGGGAUGCACUUGUGAAGCUCUACGUUGGGGCUGGGGAAGUGGAGAAAGCUGAUUCAUUUCUUCAGAAGGCAAGCCAGCAGAAUCAGAUGAAGCCCCUGUAUUGCUCUUAUAUGAUGUUGCUAGAGAAUUACGCAAAAAGGGGCGAUAUUCAUAAUGCUGAGAAUAUUUUUAAUAAGUUGAGGCAAAAUGGUUACAUGGGGAGGAUGAGAUUGUAUCAGGUUUUGCUUCAGGCCUAUAUAAAUGCAGAGUUUCCAGCUUAUGGGUUUAGAGAGAGGAUGAAAGCUGAUAACAUGUUUCCAAAUAAGGCAGUGGCAGCGCAGUUGGCGACUGUUGACGAUUUUAAGAAGACGGCAAUAUUAGAGUUGCUUGAUUGAUGCGUUCCGCAUAAAUGAUGUUUUCGAGUAAUCAUUUUAGGUCUAAUGCUGAUUAUUAUAAAUUGGUAGUUCAAUUUUGAAUGAUACAUAAUUGUAGUGCAUGAUGAAGUUUCCGUAUGCAUUAUGCGCUGAAGGAGGCAAUAGAAAGUUGGUUUUUCUUUUUCAUUUGCCACAACUAGCGUAGUCUUUGUAAAGGAACCUGUUAUGUCAGCGAUUUUUUUCCAAGUCACUUCAGUUUAAUUUAUUGUGUUGGUUCUCUACUUCUUUUUCAA